UGUACUUAUUUAGUACGUAGCUAACACACCCAUACCCUUACAUAGUUAAUGGAUUUAAAAAUUCUUAUUUUUUCUUUUUCUCGUUCUCUUUCUCGUUAGUGUGUUGUUUUUGCUGUAAGCCGGCAUUUUCAUGUAAUUAAUUUACUGAAAAAAGGUGUACGGAAGCGUAAAAAAUGAGUCAAGUUCAAAUUGUGUUUUAAGUGUGUCGGUCGUUAAAUUGUGGUAUGCAAAAAAAAAAAACAAGAAAAAAGCAAAUGACGUGUUCUUUUUUUUAUAAAUUUUUAAUCUAUGACGUGAUAUUGUGGAAAUUGUUUCGAAGUUAUCGAUAGAUUUUAAGAAUUUUAACAUAAAAAUAUAAAAAUGGCUUUAAGUAACUUAUUAUUUAAAGCCCAACUGCAGCAAAGUGUACGCUCCACAACUCCAUUAAUUUUGGCCAGUCGUCAGGGCCAUACAAUUAGAGGCAAACCACCCGGUGUGGCCAAAACGAUUGAACAACGUUUGCAGGAGGAGAAUGUUAAAGAUCCAGAGUUGACCGCUAGAGUCAAUAUUGGUUUUCCAAAAUUGAAGUCCACACGUUCGGAACAGUUAAAGGAACGCUUAAGUUAUGUUAAAGCACAACGUGCUAAUGGUGAACUAGAGAAAAAGGCCAGGAGUAAUGAAUUACUUAUCGACUUGAGUGAAGUGCAAAAGGAUUAUGCAAAUACAACACGAGGUUAUGAUUUGCGCGUAUUAGCUGACCAUUACGGCAUAUUUGAGGAUCUUUUUGGUGCCGCAUACUUUGUACCACGCGUUAACCUUAAUAUCCAGUAUCAAGCAACUGAGGAUACAUUGAUUCCAGUCUAUAAUGGCAAUAUAAUUAAGCCCUUGGAAGCUAGACAAGCUCCUUUGGUAACAUUCGAUGGUUCAACGGACCCUAUAACAGGCAAACCUACCAAUGGAGAUUCUUAUUGGACAUUAAUUGCUACAAAUCCAGAUGGUCAUUUUACUGAAAAUGAUAAGGAAUAUGUACAUUGGUUUGUAGGUAACAUACCUAAUGGUGAUGUACAAAAAGGUGACGUUAUAGUCAAUUAUUUGGCUCCUUUUCCCCCCAAAGGUGUUGGCUAUCAACGUUUUGUUUUUGUGUUGUACAAACAGAAUAAGAAAAUGGACUUUAGUUCAUUAAAAUUGUCAGCCGAGGACAAUGUUAACUUAGAUAAACGCACCUUCAAAACAUACGAUUUCUAUCGCCAGCAUCAGGAUGAUAUAACACCUGCUGGUUUGGCCUUCUAUCAAACUAAUUACGAUAAAUCCUUAACUAAAUUCUAUCACGAUGUUUUGAAUUUAAAGGAACCCAUAUUCGAGUACGAUUUCCCAGAACCCUAUUUGGCCGAUCAGAAAUUCUUCCCAUUGAAGCAGGCCUUCAACUUGUACAUGGAUCGUCACCGCGAUAUGAAGCAAGUGAAUAAGGAAUAUUUGGAACGUAAAUUGGCAAAAACGCAUCCAUUUGAUGGUCCAGAUAGACCAUUGAAAUAUCCAAAUGCUCAUCCCAUUAAGGAUACUCCAUCUUGGUUAAAAACGGAAAUUAGGAAAGAACGUUUAAAAAUUGGUCGCAUUAUUGAUUAUUAAAAAUUGAGUGGAGAGUUGUUAAAUUUUGUUAAAUCAUCCUAGAAUAAAGUAACAAUAUAUAAAAUCAUGGAAAAGUUGUGUAUUUAAAACGUACUUAAAAAGUCUUAUAUUCCAUUGUAUUUCGUGUUUCUUUCCUUAAUAAACUUUUCGGUAUCAUAAGGUCUAUACAUAUUUUAUUAAAAUGUUUAAUUUGUGGCUCUUGACAUUUCCACUGAAUCCAUCUACUGAUUUGUUCAAUAAUAAAAUAUUGUUCUGUUAUA